UAUUGUGUCGUCAUUGUUCUGGCCCCACAGUAUCAUGUAAAAAAAAAUAGGUCUACUAUCAUGUUACUGCCUAUCUCAUUCAGUAAUCAUUGCGUUGCUCGUUGUCUCUCUCUGCUGUACAGUUUUGCAGUUGCGCCGCUGCAGGUCUGACUAACUGUGUUUGUUGAUCAUUCAAAAGGAGACCCGCAGUGUUAGCCGUGGGGAGAAUUGCAUUUCAAUACAUAGCCGUCAAAACAGGAGGUUCUCCCCCACCUCCCCCAUCGUCAGUGCAAAAGGUGGAUCUGCAGCCCUGCACUGGAAACAGGAAAAAGAGUAUUUCACCAUGAACUCAGACAUGGAUGGUGACACUGAAAACCAGGUGGAGCUGGAGGAGAAGACGCGGCUCAUUAACCAGGUCCUGGAGCUCCAGCACACCCUGGAAGAUCUGUCAGCACGUGUGGAUGCGGUGAAGGAAGAAAACCUGAAGUUGAAGUCUGAAAACCAGGUUCUCGGACAGUACAUUGAAAACCUCAUGUCUGCGUCCAGUGUCUUCCAGACAACUGACACAAAAAGCAAACGAAAGUAAGGGAGCGAUCCCCUCCUUUUCCCUUAACAUCAUUGGCAUUGUUUACAUUUUUUUUUUUUUUAGAUCGUUUUAGUUCUUUUUUUGUGUUAUGCCCAUGUUUAACAUGCACCCUUUAACGUACAGGUAAGGAAACCCCAAAGAUACACAAGCAGCCAUUUUGCACAUUGUGAACAACUUGUGUACAUAUUUUUUAAGAUAGCUUUUUAUCUGGAAAUGGCAGUUUUUACACAUGAAUGUUUUUGGGGCGGUUAAUGGGAUUUCCAAACCAUUAAACUGUAUACUUAAAACCAGUCCCCUGUAACUAUAGAAAUGUUUUUUUUCUUUUUUUUAAUAACGCGACUGUUUAGGCGGAUUUUAAAAAAAAAAAGACAUUUUAAAAAAUCAGGCUUGGAGUUUACUGUUCAUUGAGCUCUUUAAUUUGGUAUAUUAAAUUGUGUGAAAAACGAUGUAAAGUAAUGAACAUGGUACCAGUGCCACCUAUUUGUAUUUAAAAUCUUGAAACAAUUGUGGCUGUUUUGGAAGAGUGCUUUAGUAAAGCAUUCCAGACCCAUUAUCAACAUUAAGAAGUAUUCAAACCUGAUUUAUAUUUUAAGGCCAGUCAUUUUUCCACUUGAGCUGAAAGCAAAUGGAGGUUCCAACUAAUUAAGGCUACAAUGAAGAGUACAUUUUGACCUUCGACGGUUCAGAACACAUUACCGAAGGAAGGUUCGAACCGUCGAUGGUACUAAUUUGCAUAAUUGCCAGUUUAUAUUUGAUUGAAAAUCCUGUUAAUUUACAAGUAAGCCAAAUAUAUUCACAUAUCUUAAAUAUGUUAUAUAGAACAACAGUACAUGUUUUUAUAAUUUAAGUAAAUGCAUGUUUAUGUAUACGUAAUUGAUGCUGCUUGCGAUAUACUGUAUACAGUAAUCUUGCUUUGCAACAGUACCAACUGGAGCGGACUUUGGCAAAACAAAGCUUUAUUUAACAGUCAGCGUUCCAAGCAGGUUAUCGGUCACAGUCACAUUUUACUGCUACUAAUAAUAAUAAUAAUAAUAAUAGGUUAAAACUUAUGCUUGUCCAGUAACCCUGGAGAUUGUGCCUCUAUCAACAUCAACAGUCUCUUGCACAGUUUGCAUAAUUUUAUUUUAUUUUUUUGUUUUGGUCGUCUUAUUUGCAAAAACAAAAACAAAAAAAAAAAAAAAAAAAAAAAAAAAAAAACCUAAACAGCAGAGGGGCUUUGAGACGUUUCUUUCAAUACGGCGCUUUGCUGUCGAGAUGGCGAAUGAAGAAAUUAAAAGUUUGCAUCUGGAUAACAUGAGCUGGAGGAGGGAGGGGCAGAUGGUACUCAGUUUUUGAAAUUAAAAUGAUUAGUGUUAGCAUAUAUUUAGUAUGUUUCAAACAUAUUCUACCAUAGCACUUACACUAUCUAGGUACACUAGGUAUUUAGUACAUAUUUUACUGAAGCACUACAACCAAUAUACAGUGCCCUCCGGAAGUACUGGGACAGAAGUCAAAAUUGCUGUUUUUGCUGUACACUCAAGCAAUAUGAAAAUACGAGUAAAAGAUGAAAAUGAGGCAGAAGUACAGAAUGUCACCUUUUAUUUCUGCCGUUUUCAAUACGUUUUACCAACUAUGAAUAACAACACUUUUAGAGUUCCAUCCUCCCAUUUUAUGUGAGAUAAGUAUUGGUACAAUUCAACUUAAAGCAGAUAUAAGAAGUAUAAACGUUAGUAUUUAGUCGCAAACCCCUUGCAUGCAAUAACAGCAACGAGUCUGCGACCCAUUGACAUCACCAAACUCUUGGUAUCAUCCUUUGAGAUGCUUUGCCAAGCCUUUACUGCAGCCAUUUUCAGCUGUUGCUUGUUUUGGGGAGUUUCUGACUUCAGUCUCCUCUUCAGCUAGUGAAAUGCAUGUUCAAUCGGAUUUAAAUCAGGAGGUUGACGUGGCCAAUCUAAAACUUUCCACUUUUUUCCUUUGAACUCCUUAGUUGUGUUGGCAGUGUGUUUUGGGUCAUUGUCCUGUUGCAUUGUGAAAUGCUGCCCUAUGAGUCUGGUGGCAUUUCCUUGUACAUUGAUAGCCAAGAUGCUUCUGUACACUUCUGAAGUCAUUCUGCUGCUGCCAUCAUUCGUUACAUCAUCAAUAAAGAUGAGUGAGCCUGUUCCAGAGGUAGCCAUGCCUGCCCAUGCCAUGACACCACCUCCACCAUGCUUCACAGAUGAGGUGCUAUUCUUUGGAUCAUCUGCAGUUCCCUUUUUUCUCCGCACUUUUGCCUUCCCAUCACUUUGAUAAAGGUUAAUCUUUGUCUCAUCUGUCCAUAAAACUCUUCCAGGACUGUACUGGCUCAUGUAUUUUUUAGCAAAUUCUAAUCCGGCCUUUCUGUUUUUGGUGAUCAGAGGUUUGCAGUGUAGCCUUUGUAAUUCUGCUGCUGAAGUCUUCUGCGAACAGUAGAUUGUGACACUUUCACCCCAGCAUUCUGGAGGUUGUUGGUGAUUUCACUGACACUUGUUUGAGGGUUUUUUCACAACUCUGGUCAUUGUUCUGUCAUCAACUGCUGUUGUUUUCCUUGGCCGACUUGGUCGUUGCUGAUUGCUGAAGACACCAGUGGUUUCUUUCUUUUUCAGGACAUUCCAAGCUGUUGAUUUGGCUAUGCCCAUCUUUUGUGCUAUGGUUCUAA